AUGCGUGUUCACAUAAUAGAGGGGAAGUGCACCGGCUGCGGAGACUGCAUUCCUUCAUGUGCGUACAAUGUGCUGCACAUGGACGAAGUCACAAACCGCGUGGUCAUCGCUCCUAGCUACGGGUGUGUGGGCUGUCUUCAAUGUCUUGCCGUCUGCACUCACGAUGCGAUUGGAACCCCUGUACGCUAUGAAUAG